AUGAUAGGCAUUGGAAGAUCAAUUAAAGCUAAGAAGUUGACUCCCAGAUUUAUGGGUCCCUAUGAGAUUCUCGAAAGAGUUGGGCUGGUAGCCUAUCAAAUCACCUUACCUCCUCUUUUAGCCAAUGUCCAUAAUGUAUUUCAUGCAUCACAAUUGAAGAAAUAUCAUACAGACCCCUCCCACAUCAUUGAACUCGAGGAGAUAGAGAUUCGGGAAAAUAUGACCUACAACGUUGAACCAGAAAGAAUCAUAGAUGCUAGGGAUAAACAAUUAAGAAACAAAACCAUUCGAAUUGUUAAGGUUGUAUGGAGGGGAAUGACCUCAGGUGAUGCUACUUGGGAAACCGAAGAAAAGAUGAAACAAGAAUACCCCCAUUUGUUUUCUUAG